UCGCUGGUGGUCCUGUGACUCGGGGCCCGGCCUUUCGUUCUCCGCAGAGAUGCCGAAAACCAAGUCGGGCGCGAGCGGCCGGCGCCGCGAGCGGCAGGAACAGCGCCGGGAACUGAAGAGCGCCGGAGGACUCAUGUUCAACAAGGGGAUUGGGCAGCACAUUUUGAAAAAUCCUCUCAUUGUUAACAGCAUUAUCGACAAGGCUGCCUUGAGACCGACCGAUGUUGUCCUGGAAGUUGGACCUGGAACUGGCAACAUGACUGUAAAGUUGCUAGAAAAGGCAAAAAAGGUAGUUGCCUGUGAACUUGACCCCAGGCUAGUAGCUGAGCUUCACAAAAGAGUGCAGGGCACUCCCAUGGCCAGCAAACUUCAAGUCCUGGUGGGUGAUGUGUUGAAAGCAGACUUGCCGUUCUUUGAUGCCUGUGUGGCAAAUUUGCCUUAUCAGAUAUCGUCUCCUUUUGUCUUCAAGCUGUUGCUGCACAGGCCUUUCUUUAGAUGUGCGAUACUCAUGUUUCAAAGGGAAUUUGCGCUCCGGCUGGUUGCAAAACCUGGAGAUAAGCUGUACUGCAGACUGUCCAUCAAUACACAGCUGUUAGCACGGGUAGACCAUCUAAUGAAAGUUGGGAAAAACAACUUCAGACCACCACCCAAGGUAGAAUCUAGUGUCGUAAGGAUAGAACCUAAGAAUCCGCCACCGCCUAUCAAUUUUCAGGAAUGGGAUGGGCUUGUAAGAAUCACCUUCGUUAGGAAAAACAAGACCCUGUCUGCUGCAUUUAAGUCAAGUGCUGUACAACAGCUGCUGGAGAAAAACUACAGAAUCCACUGUUCGAUCCAUAACGCUAUAAUACCAGAAGAUUUCAGCAUAGCAGAUAAAAUACAGCAAGUCCUAACCAACACAGGCUUUAGUGACAAACGGGCCCGUUCCAUGGACAUAGAUGACUUCAUUAGAUUGCUACAUGGAUUCAAUGCCGAAGGCAUCCAUUUUUCUUAGGUUUCUGAAAAGCAGAACUUUGCAAGGUCAAGGAAAAACAAACUGCAUAUAUAUAUUUUUAAUAGUUUAAGGUGAACUAUGUUUUGUAUCACUGAAACAGCAUUUGCUUGACUGAUUUUAAAUGCUUCCACCAUUUAUUACUCUGGGUUUUUUAAUGCAAAUUAACAAAUGCAUGAUGCAGCAGUUACACAAGCCCUAUGGAAGAUGAGUGGUGCACACCUACCGUUACACGGAGAAUGCUGUGGCAGUAAGUGCGCCCCCUACAGCUUUAUAGCCUUAGAAACCCUAUGGGGCAAUUCCACUCUGAUUUAGUGUCACAAUUGACCUUGACACUGCUAGGUCCUGUCUUGAUACUGGAAGUUAAUUCCAAGUACCCGGUGUUGCAGACACGCACAACUUUACAAACUGCUCAUUUCUAACAGUUUAUUGUAUAAAGAUGUUACUCUUCUAUUUACUGCCCAUUAUAUGUAUUGCUGUGAGAACUGCCCUCAAGCUUAACUUGUCACAUUUUCCUCAUACCACUUUUUGUCAUUCACAUGGACAAUAAAACCAUGGUUCUUUAAAAUGUCUUCUUUGCACCUCUUUAUUCUUUGUGUUGACCCUAUACAGUUUCUUUUAGCACUUUCCAUGGCUCACUCCUUUAGCUAUUGUGUUGAACCUGACCGCAGGGUAUGAGCCUGAGCUGCUCCUGCCACCAUGUGGUGGCUGGGCAUAACUCCUCUUACCCAGAAAAUAAAGCUCUAUCAACAUGAAGGUAA